AUGGUCCCAACUCCCCCUGGCGGGGGAGGAGGGCACCACAGCGGGACCUACCGCAGCGAAUUUUGGUUUGACAUGACGGAAGACAACGCCUCUGGUGACGCUUGCAUCACUCCCGGUGGAAACCGUGGACGGUGCGUCCUCGCAGAGAAGUGUCCUUUCAUUUGGGAACAGUUGCAAAAAAUCGGCACAAUCCAGGAAUACCGGUACGUGACCUCGUUCCACUGUGGUUACGAUCCGACGAGCAGGAAGCUCCGGGUGUGCUGUCCAAGCUUUAGCAACGCCGAGGACUGCGGGACGAUUGGUUUGUCUGAUCGAAUCUAUGAAGGUAUGGAGACGGAUCUCGACGAGUUUCCAUGGAUGGCUGUGUUGGGUUAUCGAAGAAGGAACAAGACAAUGUUCCGCUGUGGAGGAUCGCUGAUCAACGAUCGAUACGUGCUGACUGCGGCGCAUUGUGUGGGGGAGAGCGACAAGUGGAAACUAGAUUUUGUUCGACUUGGCGAGUGGGACUUGGACACUAGACCGGACUGUGUCUACGACUAUUUUGGAGAGAUGUAUUGUAACGAAGUUCAUGAAGAUUUCGAAAUUCAAAAAGUGAUCGUUCAUGAGAAGUUUACCAGAAAUGUCAUCAAUAUAAGGAACGAUAUUGCACUGUUGAAGCUUGACAGACGAGUUGCUAGCACCGAGUCCAUAGCACCAAUUUGUAUCCCAACCCAGAAACAAGCUGAUAGUUUGAACAUCCAACAAGUUCAGCUUUUCGUUGCUGGCUGGGGAGCAACGGAAACAGAAGCCAACAGCAAACGCAAGCUGAAGACCGUACUGCAAGGCCACGCCAUGGCCAAGUGUGCCCAGGCGUACCGGAAGAAGGUCAACUUCUUCGCCGAGAGUCAACUUUGUGUGGGUGGAAAACGCGGGCGGGACUCUUGCCGUGGAGACUCCGGCGGGCCGCUGAUGGAAAUCUUCCAGAAUCGGUGGCACGUCGUCGGGAUCGUGAGCUUCGGGUCGGGCCUGUGCGGAUUGGAGGGAAUGCCGGCGAUUUAUACACGGGUUGGGAGUUUUCUAGACUGGAUGGCGGCGAAAAUUGAGCUGGAAAGUCGAAGGUGA